CACGUGUUCGGCAUGAAAGGAGACGUGAAGGACAACAUCGCGUACGCGGACGAGACGACGGUGAUCUUCCCCGCGGGGAACAACGUCGUGCUGCACCAUCUCGAGUCGAAGACGCAGCAGUUCGUCCCGGGCACGCCCGGCGCCAAGGGCGUCGACGCGAUCGCGGUGAGCGCGAAUAAGAAGUGGCUCGCCGUCGCGGAGAGCGCGGAGAAGGCGCAGAUCACGAUCUACGACCUGCACACGCUGAAGCGGAAGAAGGUGCUGACGACGACGGAGGUUGGCUCGGAGAGAUACGCGAGCAUGAGCUUCUCCCCCGACGGCAAGCUCCUCGUCGCCCUCGGCGGCGCGCCCGAGUGGAACGUCGUGCUCUGGCAGUGGGAGAAAUCCAAAGCGUCGUCCGUCGUCCCGUCGCGCGUCGCCAAUCAGGCGCCCGGGUCCGCGUACCAGUGCGAGUUCUCGCCCUUCGUGAACGCGGACGGCGGGUACACGGCCACGGUGUGCGGGCAGAACUUAUUCAGGGCGUUUAAGAUCAACGACGGCGUCAUGAAACCCCUCGCGAGCGCGCUCGGGAAGCGAGAGAUGGGAAGCACGUUCACCGCGCACGGCUGGCUCCCCACGGACGAGCCCGGCCGAGAGCGGUGCGUCGUCGCGAACGAGGAGGGCGACGUGCUCGUCGUGGAGAACAACGAGGUGGUCGCCGCGAUUCCCGCGACGGAGAAGUACGAGGGGUGCGCGAUUCACUGCAUCGUGCCGUUUGGCGUGAAGGGGUUCGUCGCCGGCGGCGAGGAUGGCGCGUUGCUCGUGUACGAGAAACAAACGGACGAGCGCGAGCCGUUUAAGCUCACAAAGUCGUUCACGAUCGAGUCCGACGGGAAGAACGCGUCGAUUCGAAACCUCGCGAUCGACGCGAACGAGGAGAACCUCAUCGCGACGAUGGAUGAUAACCAGGCGUGGACGCUCUCGCUCGCGAACAUCGACGUGAUGAAGCCGGAGGAGAUGAACUUCGAGAGGAUGUCCGCGGGGUUCCACAGCAAUGGCGUCACCGGGGUCGAUCUGUGCGUCAGGAAGCCGCUCGUCGUGACGUGCUCCACGGACAAAUCCGUGCGGGUGUGGAACUACGUCGAGAGAACGGCCGAGCUCGUGAAGCACUUCGCGGAGGAGGCGCACUCCGUCGCGUUUCACCCGAGCGGUUUACAAAUCUUAGUCGGCUUCUCGGAUAAGCUCCAGCUCAUGAACCUCCUCAUGGACGACAUCCGCCCGUACAAGGAGUUCAGCAUCAAAGCCUGUCCGGAGGUUGUGUUCAACAACGCGGGGAACUGCUUCGCGGCGGUGAACGGCAACGUGAUUCAGGUGUACAACAUGUACACGUGCGAAAACGUCGGCAACUUGCGCGGGCACAGCGGGAAGGUUCGCACCGUGUGCUGGUCCCCGGACGACACGAAGAUCACCACCGCGGGUUUGGACGGCGCGGUGUACGAGUGGGAGCUGAAAGACUUCAAGCGCGUGCACGAGAACGUGGACAAGGAGUGCUCGUACUCGUGCCUCGCGCCGAGCCCGGACGGAACGUUCACGUACGGCGUCGGGUCGGACAGAAUGUUGAAAGAAUUCGACGCCGCGUACGCGUUGACGCAAGAGUUUUCGUGCGACGCGGGGGCGCUGACGCAAGUCGCGAUCCCCGCGAGCGGGCGCAGUCUGUUCGCCGCGACCGAGCGCGGGACGGUGCGGGCGUACAAGUACCCGCUGGACGGGGAGUUUCAAGAGUACCAGUGCCACGCCGCGUCCAUCACGCGGAUGCGUCUGACGUUUGACGACUCGCUUCUCUUUUGCGUCUCCGAAGACGCGUGUCUGUACGUGUUCGACGUGCAGACGGGAGAGAAGGAGAAGGCUGGGAAGGGCGCGGCAAAGAGCAAGGAAGCGCUCGUGACGUACGCGGAGGAAGUUCUCGUGACGAAGAUGGACAUCAACGAGAAGAACGGCCGCAUGCAAGAGCUUCAAAUGCAAGUCACGGAGCUUCAGCUCCAGUCCGAGUACCAGCUCCGCAUGAAGGACAUGAACAUGAACGAGAAGAUCAAAGACCUGACCGAUCGGUUCACGCUCGAGCUCGAGCAAGCGCAGACGAAGUUCGAGCUUCUGCUUCAGGAGAAGAACGAGCAAGAGAUGGAGUACGAAGAGCGCUUGCGGCAGACGGACGAGAAGAACGCGAAGGAGACGCGUCAGCUCGAGAACCAGUUCCAGGAGCAAAUUCUCGUCGAGGUGGAGCGGUAUCAAAAUCUUCAGAGAGACAAGGACCUCCUGAACGAGCAGUGGGACGAGCAAAACUCUCUGCUCGUGGAGUCGCACGAGCGCGUCAUCGAGGAGCUCACCGCGGAGUUUUCGGAGAAGCUCCAAGACGAGCAGAUGCACGCGGAGCGCAUGCGCGCGGAUCGCGAUUUGGGCGCGAAGGAAUCCGAGGAGACGAGGAAGCAGCUCGAGGAGGACGCGGACCAGGAGAUCGACGACCUGAAGAACACGUUCGAGACGAAGUUGAAACAAGAGCGCGAGGUUGGGUUACGGCUCAAGGGCGAGAACGGCAUCUUGAAGAAGAAGUUCACCGCG